AAGUUUGAAAGCGCAUGUUUUGCCUUCGACGCUACUUCUACAAUGUUUGAGUCCAGAGACUACGUUUCGGAUUAUGAGUCCGAAACUAACAGCAAUCUUGAUACAAAUAGUGAGAUAAGCCGAUCCGAUAUACCUCCGUCUAAGGAUAAGGAGCUUUGGGAAAAACCUACUACAGCUAGGUUUCCGGCCUAUGCUAAUCCGAAGUCUGUUUUGGAUGCAGAAAACAAAAGAGCUUACAAUUCUGUUGUUCGACAUCAUCUAUUGAAUCUCAAUGCUUUUGAUCGUCAUAAAAAGUUAGUGAAUGAUUAUUUACAAUAUUAUGGUGGCUCAUGGAGAGAUUUCAAACGUGACACUUCAAAAGAUAAAACAGACGUUGAUGUCAUAAGGGAACAUGGAAGAUUUUUGUGGUCAGAAGAAGAUGAACCAUUGUCAUGGUCUGAACGUCUUGCUAAAAAGUAUUGGGAAAAAUUAUUUAAAGAAUACUGUCUUGUCGAUUUAUCACGCUACAAGGAAAAUAAAUUUGGUAUGAGAUGGCGAUUAGAAAAAGAAGUGAUUUCUGGUAAAGGUCAAUUCGCUUGUGGAAAUGUAGCCUGUCCAGCUGGUGCAGAACGUCUACGGAGUUGGGAAGUGAAUUUUGUCUAUCAAGAACGUGGGGAACGACGUAAUGCUUUGGUGAAGAUACGUUUAUGUCCUGCUUGUUCUGAUAAAUUGAACUAUCGGUAUAAAAGGCGCGAUGUUACUGGGAAACGAAUCAGCUCUGAACAGGACAAAAAUGAUGCUGAAAGUAAUCGUCAACAAGAAACAAGCGGCGGCGGCGGCGAUGAUGAUGACGACGACAACAAGGAAUCUGCAGCGAAACGUCCACGUUAUUCCAGUGAUCAAAAGGAUGACGAUGAUAAUAAUAAUAAUAAUAAUAAUUCCAAAGGUAAAAACACCUCAGAUACUACUGAUCUCAAUUCAGUAUGGUGUAAAUCAGCACAAACAUCACAAGGAAGUGGAAAUCCAGCUGGCGCUGGUAAUAAUAGCAACAGUACAUCGGGGAAUAUCAAGACACCGGAUGAUGAAUUCGAUGAAUAUUUUGCAGAUAUGUUAAUGUAACCUAAUGAUUUUAAUUAUUAUUAAUGUUGUUGUUUAACCUCACUUCUUCACAUGAGGGGCUCAUCUUCACGGUCGACUCUCCAUUUACACUCACUCACGCACACACACACACACACAAUUGUGUUGUAUAUACAUGCAUUAUCUUCGUUCUUCCUCAUUUUACCGCACUGUUAUCAGUCUCCGUGCACAUAUCUCUUUUCACCGCAUUCAGAAUUGUUUUGUAUCUUCUCGCACGCGCUUUAUGUAAUCACUGUUGUCAUUUGUGAUGUGAUAUUCUUCGCUAUAUAUAUAUAGACCGCAUCUUUCCAUUUCACGACAAGAUAUACGUACUAUUAUAUGGGGUAGGCAUUUUCGUUGCUUUCUAAGUAUCAUGAUAAUGGUGAUGACGAAAGCAGCACAGUGUGUGCUCUGAUCACGACAGAUCGCUUGUUUUUUGUUUUUGUUAAUAAAUUUGUAUUUGUAAUUUAAUUAGGCUGUACAAUCAUCAAUCAUAAAAUAGAAGAAUUUUUCCUCC